AUGAGAAGAAUGUCCCCACUGCAGAACCUGAGACAGCACGGAUUCAGGUACAAAAAGGCAGUGGGGUGGUCCGUUACCUGGGUCAGGUUGGGCUUCCUUGACUACAGCCUCGAGCUCCCAGCUGUUUCAUCGGUGGCUCUGAUUCACAUACCCAGUCCUGCUGGAGUGUUUGCACAGUGCUCACGCUCAACAUCAACAGUGAUUAUUUUGCUUCAACAACUAAGAGCUGAGCGACAGAUAUGUUCUGGCCUGGUCUCCCUGAGUAAAACAAUGUGGAUUCUGAUUCUUCUCAUGUGUUCCCUGCCCGUUUCAGGUGCGUUGUGGGCAGAGAAAAAUGUAAAAGGAGUUGUGGGAAGAGCGAUCACAAUCGAUUGUCACUAUGCAGCAAGGUACCGCUCACACACAAAGUAUUGGUGCCAUGGGUGGACUCGCCAAUGUUCAGUUUUAGUGGAAAAAAAUGGGCAACCCGGACGGAGGGGAAGAACGUCAAUCACAGAUAACCCGAAACGAGGAAUAUUUACUGUUACUGUAGAGGAUCUUCACUCUGGAGAUACAGGAUGGUACAGCUGUGGAAUUUCAAACUGGGACUCCGAUCCAAUGUUUAACGUACAUCUACAAGUCUCUGACGAACCCGUGUCUGUUCCUGUGUUUGGAAUUCUGUCACCAGCUAAUGUCUCACGUCUCGGAGGCUCAGUGUCAGUGUCCUGUGAGUCUCUCCGGGGAUCCCUUCCCAUUCAGUACACAUGGUAUGAAAAGACCCCAUCUGUGGAUUCAAAGGUCUCGGACACCAGUAAACUGGAUCUACAUUGUCAAUCCUUCAAACACCGACACCAUCAAUAUUACUGCACAGCCUCAAAUAAUCGUGGAGCAAAAUCUAGUGAAAUGGUCAACGUGACGGUCUUCAAGACAACAGUGAACUGUAGUUAUGGGAUCGAAAUCAAUGGCACCGUUUCAGGUGGAUUGUGGGCAGAGAAAUAUGUGAGAGGAGUUGUGGGAAGAGCGAUCACAAUCGAUUGUCACUAUGCAGCAAUAUUCCACUCACACACAAAGUCUUGGUGCCGUGUACAGGGUCACCAGUGUACAGAGUUAGUGCAAAAAUAUGGACAAAAUGAUCAGUAUGCAAGAAGGUCAAUCACUGAUAACACGACACAAGGAAUAUUCACUGUUACAAUGGAGAAACUUGGUUCUGGAGAUACAGGAUGGUACAGAUGUGGAAUUACAACACCCGACAAACACCGAACGUUUGACGUACAUCUACAGGUAUCUGACGAACCCGUGUCUGUUCCUGUGCUCGGAUUUCAGUCACUGGCAAAUUGUGAGGACUCAGUGACCGUGACCUGUGAGUCUGUCCAGGGAUCCCUUCCCAUUACCUAUGCGUGGUAUGAAAAGACUCCGUCGGUGGUUUCUAGCAUCUCAAAUACCAGUAAACUGGAUCUACAUUUUCAAUCCUUGGAAGACCAACUUUAUCAGUAUUAUUGCACAGCCUCAAACGUUAAUGGAACAAAAUCCAGUGAAAUGGUCAAUGUGUUCAUCUGCAACAAUGUCAGUAACUGCAGAAAUGUGAUUAAAGUCAACAGCGUGGUUUCAGGUGCGCUGUGGGCAGAGAAAUAUGUGAGAGGAGUUGUGGGAAGAGCGAUCACAAUCGAUUGUCACUAUACAGAUUGGUACCGCUCACACACAAAGUAUUGGUGCCAUGGGUGGACUAUCGGAUGUUCAGUUUUAGUGGAAACAAACGGGCAACACGGACGGAGGGGAAGAGUGUCAAUCACAGAUAACCCGGCACGGGGAAUAUUUACUGUUACUAUGGAGGAUCUACACUCUGGAGAUACAGGAUGGUACAGCUGUGGAAUUGCAAAGCCUGUCUCCGAUCCACUGUUUUCCGUACAUCUACAGGUAUCUGACGAAGCCGUAUCUGUUCCUGUGCUUGGAUUUCUGUCACCAGCUAACGUCUCACGUCUCGGAGGCUCAGUGUCAGUGUCCUGUGAGUCUCUCCGGGGAUCCCUUCCCAUUCAGUACACCUGGUAUGAAAAGACCCCGUCUGUGGAUUCAAAGGUCUCGGACACCAGUAAACUAGACCUACAUUGUCAAUCCUUCAAACACCGACACCAUCAAUAUUACUGCACAGCCUCAAAUAAUCGUGGAGCAAAAUCUAGUGAAAUGGUCAGCGUGAUGGUUUCAAACACAACAGGGAACUGUAGUUAUGGGAUCGAAAUCAAUGGCACCCUUUCAGGUGUAUUGUGGGGAGAGAAAUAUGUGAGAGGAGUUGUGGGAAGAGCGAUCGCUAUCGAUUGUCACUAUGCAGCAAUAUUCCACUCACACACAAAGUCUUGGUGCCGUGUGUGGGGUCGCCAGUGUACGGAGUUAGUGCAAACACAUGGACGAAAUGGUCAGUAUGGAAGAAGGUCAAUCGUUGAUAACCCGACACGAGGAAUAUUCACUGUUACAAUGGAGAAACUUGGUUCUGAAGAUACAGGAUGGUACAGAUGUGGAAUUACAACACCUGACAAACACCCAAUGUUUGACGUACACCUACAGGUAUCUGACGAACCUGUGUCUGUUCCUGUGCUCGGAUUUCAGUCAGUGGCAAAUGCCUCAUAUUGUGAGGACUCAGUGACAGUGACCUGUGAGUCCAUCCAGGGAUCCCUUCCCAUUACCUAUGCAUGGCAUGAAAAGACUCCGUCGGUGGUUUCAAACAUCUCAAAUACCAGUAAACUGGAUCUACAUUGUCAAUCCUUGAAAGACCAACAUUAUCAGUAUUAUUGCACAGCCUCAAACGCUAAUGGAACAAAAUCCAGUGAAAUGGUCAAUGUGUCCAUCUGCAACAAUGUCAGGAACUGCAGAAAUGUGAUUGAAGUCAACAGCUUGGUUUCAGGUGCGUUGUGGGCAGAGAAAUAUGUGAGAGGAGUUGUGGGGAGAGCGAUCACAAUCGAUUGUCACUAUGCAGCAAAGUACCGCUCACACACAAAGUAUUGGUGCCGUGGGUGGACUAUCGGAUGUUCAGUUUUAGUGGAAACAAACGGGCAACACAGACGGAGGGGAAGAGUUUCAAUCACAGAUAACCCGGCACGGGGAAUAUUCACUGUUACUGUGGAGGAUCUUCACUCUGGAGAUACAGGAUGGUACAGCUGUGGAAUUACAGUAAUCGUCUUCGAUCCAUUAUUUAACGUACAUCUGCAAGUAUCUGACGGACCUGAAAACUCUACAUCAGAAUCAACAACAAUUGUGCUUUCUACAAAUGAGGAAAUAAGAUCCAAUGAGAGUCUAUUGGAACCUACUCAGUCCAGUUUCUUUGAAAGAUCCAUUUACAUCAUUGUGCUCAGUGUCAGUGGGAUUCUUCUCAUGGUGAUCUUCACUUGCCUACUUUGGUGCCUGAAGCGUAAAAACAGGAAAUCCAAGUGCAACACAUCUCCCAGAGGAGGCAACAAUGAAAUCCAGGAAUUGGCAGCACUGGAAGGGAACACCGUUUAUGAAACUCCACUGAAACCUCGAAACAGCAAGGCAGCUGCCCAGAUGGCUAACAAUGAAAAUGGAAUUGUGUAUGCAGAACUUCAAAUGGCAUCAACAGCGGAGCACUCCGUUAGCGAUGAGACCCCUGUCACCUACAUAGAUGUUAAAUUUCAAAGCAACAGACCAAGAGCCAGUCAGAAAGUUCCCUCUCCUGGCACUCCACAGGACUCUGCAUGGGCAAUAUAUGCCACCGUUGCUCUACUGCAGUGGGAGGCCUACCCAGGCAUUCUGGAGUCGAAAAUGAACCCACAAGUUCAUUUCCGAUCAUAUUUGAAGAAUUUACCUUUCAGUUUUAGGUGCAUCGUGGCGAGAGAUAUAGGUAAGUGGGGCAGUGGGAGGAGCGAUCACAAUCGAUUGUCGCUAUGCAGCAAUUACCGCUGGCGCUCAGAUUGUUGUUUCCGUGGGUGGAGUCGCCAGUGUUCAGUUUUAAGUGAGGAACAGGGACAGAGGGGAAGAGUAUCAAUCACAGAUAACCCGGCACGGAGCAUAUUUACUGUUACUGUGGAGGAUCUUCACUCUGGAGAUACAGGAUGGUACAGCUGUGGGAUUACAACACCCGGCCUGGAUCCAAUGUUUCCCGGACAUCUACAGGUCUCUGACGUUUCAGGUGCGUUGUGGGCAGAGAAAUAUGUCAGAGGAGUUGUGGGAAGAGCGAUCACAAUCGAUUGUCACUAUGCAGCAAGGUACCGCUCACACUCAAAGUACUGGUGCCAUGGGUGGACUCGCCAGUGUUCAGUUUUAGUGGAAACAAACGGGCAACACGGACGGAGGGGAAGAGUGUCAAUCACAGAUAACCCGGCACGGGGAAUAUUUACUGUUACUGUGGAGGAUCUUCACUCUGGAGAUACAGGAUGGUACAGCUGUGGAAUUACAACGCCUGGCCUGGAUCCAAUGUUUCACGUACAUCUACAGGUCUCUGACGAACCCGUGUCUGUUCCUGUGCUUGGAUUUCUGUCACCAGCGAAUGUCUCCUGUGUUGGGGGCUCAGUGUCAGUGUCCUGUGAGUCUGUCCAGGGAUCCCUUCCCAUUCAGUACACAUGGUAUGAAAAGACCCCGUCUAGGGAUUUAAAGAUCUCAGACACCAGUAAACUGGAUCUACGUUGUCAAUCCUCCAAACAGGAACACCAUCAAUAUUACUGCACAGCCUCAAAUAAUCGUGGAGCAAAAUCCAGUGAAAUGGUCAACGUGACAUUCUCCAACAGAAUAGGGAAUUGCAGUUAUUUGAUCCGAUUCCAUAACACUGGACCUGAAUAUUCUUGUGAAACUUCUACAACACAAUCAAUAACAAUGAAACAAUCUGUAAAUAAAGAAAGAAGGUCCAACUAUUCUUCAAAGCAAGCAACUCAAUCUGUUUCCAGUGAAAGCCUCAUUGACAUCAUUGUGCUCAGCACUGCUGGAGUUCUUCUCAUCGCAAUCUUCGCUUCCUUACUUUGGCACCUAAAGUGUAGAGAAUCCAAGUGGGAAACAUCUCCCAGACGAGGUGACAAGAAAAUCCAGGAAUUGGCAGCACUGGAAGGGAGCACUGUUCAUGCAACAACACUGAAACUUCAAAACAACAAGGCAGCUUUCCAGCUGCCAAACAAUGAAAAUGGAAUUGUGUACGCAGCAAUGCAAUUUCAAAGGAAGUCAAGUGCAGGGCACUCCGUUACCGAUGAAGCCACUGUCACCUACGCAGAUGUCAAAUUUCAAAGCAACAGCGCAAGGGCCAAUCAGAGAGCUCCCGACCCUGGCACUCCACAGAACUCUGCACAGUCAAUAUAUGCCACUGUUGCUUUUUAAGAAAACGAUUUACCUGGACCUGUGUUGUUUAUUUCUCCAGCUUCACUUCACUGUUGUAUUGAGGUUCCUCCACCAUAAUCUAUGCACAUACUUACCUUCUCGGGCUUUUUCAAACUAAUUCCUUUCAGUUCCUGAUCAUCAGCAAAUGUAACAAAUUGCCAUUAAAUUUCUGAGUCCAGGCCAUCUAUUCAAAUAACUGUCAUUUUACUUCUAGUACUAAA